CGUACUUUAGACUUUUCAAACAAUCAAUAGUUCUAUAUUUACUGCUAAUGUAACAAUGUCAGCUGAGGUGGAGGGUAUUUUGAGAUCAUUUUGGGAGUGGCGUUUACGAGAGAGCCCAGAAUUCGCCACUCAAAUUGGCGUGCACACUUACGAUAACAAAUUGGAUUGUCACAGUUUGGAGGCGUAUGUCAAAAGACAGGAUGAUUGCAAAGAGUUUUUGAAAAACUUGAGUGUAUUAGGGAAAUCUGAGCUUCCAAAGACUGAUGCUUUGAAUGUAAAACUUCUUGAAAGAGAAAUCCAGACAUAUUUAGAUGGCUGUGGCCACAAGAGCUUCCUGUUCCCUGUGAUAAAUUUGGAAGGACCUCAGCUAGAAUUUGGAAGAUUGAUUUCUUGGAUGAAGUUUGAAACAAAAGAUGACUAUGAAAAGUACCUGUCAAGACUAGAAGCUUUCCCCACUCAGGUAUCUGAAAUAAUUGGAUUACUUGAAGAGGGAGUUAGGACACACCAUAUACCACCACGGUUAACUGUGAUACAUGUGCCUGAUCAAAUCCAAAAAGUGUUGAAUGCAGACUUCACAGAUGAUGAUGAUCUCUCUAAACCACUGAAAAAGUUUCCAGAAACAUUUACAGAGAAAGAGAGGGAAUUGUUUAGAGGGCGUGGUCUGAAACUAAUAGAGGAGAAAGUCAAGCCAGCUUUUAAAAAGAUUCAUGAUUAUUAUGUGGAAAAGUAUCUUCCUCAUACAAGGGAGUCCAUUUCAUGCACUCAUUUUCCAGGUGGAGAUGACUUUUACACACAGGCCUUAAAGUUCCACAUUGCAUGUGACAUGUCAGCGAAGGAAGUCCACGAUCUUGGUCAAAAAGAAGUUAUAAGAAUAAGAUCCAGAAUGGAUGAGAUUAUCAAGGAAGUGGGUUUUCAAGGCAGCUUUAAAGAAUUUCUCGAUAUGCUGAGAACAGAGAAGCGUUUUUAUUUUGAUACGAAGGAAGAACUACUGAAAGGUUAUAAAGAUUUAUGUGCGAAGGUUAUCGAGCCAAAGUUGAAUGUUUACUUCAAAGAAAUGCCAAAGAUGCCAUUUGAGAUUAUUGAGACGCCAGCUGAUGCGGCCCCUGUGGCCCCUGCUGCUUACUAUCUGGGUCCUUCUGAAGAUGGUACAAGGCCGGGGGUGUUUAUGGUGAACACUUACAAACACCAUACAAGACCUAAAUAUGAGAUGGUGUCUCUUGCCCUACACGAGGCAGUACCAGGACAUCACUUACAAACCGCGUUUGCAAUGGAGCAGGAGGAACAACCAUCUUUCAGGCGUUAUGUGGAAGACAGGAGGUACUAUGAAGUACCAGCACGUUUUGCUAUGCACACCGCUUACAUGGAGGGUUGGGGCUUGUACUGUGAGUUUCUUGGUGAGGAGAUGGGUUUGUACCAAGAUCCGUACGACCUGUUCGGCCGAUUGUCUACCGAAAUUCUCCGAGCGUGUCGGUUAGUCGUCGAUACCGGAAUGCACGCCUUCGGCUGGAGUCGACAACAGGCAGUAGAUUUUAUGGUGGAAAAUACUGCCAUGUCUUUUCAUAAUGUGAACACAGAAAUUGAUCGAUACAUCAUAUGGCCUGGUCAGGCGUGCGCUUACAAAGUGGGUGAAAUCAAGAUCAGGGAACUGCGAAGGAAAGCAGAACAGAAACUGGGUGAUAAAUUUGAUAUUAAAGAUUAUCACCACGUUUUUCUGUCGGCUGGACCAAUGGGCCUUGACACGCUGGAAGAGGCUGUGGACGAGUACAUAGAGAACACAUUGAACAAGUGAACACACGAGAGAGACACUGGUUCUGUGCGCGAGUCUCGACUGGCCUCGUGGUCCCGAGAUUAUCACUUGAUUCCCCUGUUGAUUAUUAACACCCCCGGAAAUCAUAUUUCCCCAUGAUUUUCAAUUCAACUCUCAUUCAAUUCAAUUCAACUCUCUCUCUC